AUGGUGACCGGAAUCGGAGCCAGCGCGCAACAGGUCGCCGGAACACCGGCCACCACCCAGAUACCACCGGCCGAGCCGGUCAAACGCUCCAGCGAUAAUCGUCGGAGCAACAAACCGAUCAUGGAAAAAAGGCGCCGUGCUCGCAUCAACAACUGCCUGAACGAGCUGAAAACGUUGAUCCUCGACGCCAUGAAGAAAGACCCCGCUCGUCACUCAAAGUUGGAAAAGGCCGACAUCCUGGAGAUGACGGUGAAGCAUCUGGAGAACUUGCAACGGCAACAGAGCGCAAUGUCGCAGGCAACCGAUCCGAGCGUGAUGAACAAGUUCAAGGCCGGCUUCAACGAGUGUGCCCAGGAGGUGGGUCGCUUUCCGGAGAUCGAUCCGCACGUUAAGCGCCGCCUAUUGCAGCACCUCAGCAACUGCAUCAACGGUGUUAACAAGUCGGAUCUCCCGAAGCGCCACCAGCAGCAGCAACAGCAACACAUCCUACCCUCACCGCCAAGUUCCCCGGAACAGCACGGACACCCGCACCCGCACCCGUACGGGCUGGCCGGUCAUCCAUCGCCGCUGAGCGCCAUCCAGGCCGGUAACGGCAGUGUGUACAUGGCCGGCUCGAGCGUUCAGCUCAUCCCGACCAAACUCCCGAACGGUAGCAUUGCCUUCGUGUUGCCGACCACCGCCGCCCAAACCCUCACCACCCAGGUGCAGCAACCGCCCGUCCCGAUGCUGGUGCCGAUUCCGAGCCGUACCGCCUCGACCGGAUCGGCCUCGUCCAGCCAUUCGGGUGCCUCCUCGUUGUACGAUCGCGUCCCACGGGAACAUGCCACCUCGUCGCCGUACCAUGCACCACCCAGCCCGGCCAACUCGCACUACGAACCAAUGGAGUGCCACUCGUCCGCCAGCGCCUACCACCUCCACCAGCACCAGCAGUCGUCCUCCUCCUCGUCGUCCUCGUCCUUCAGCAGCCCCGACAGCCCGCUCUCGCUCGUGAUGAAGAAACCCUACCACGAUGAGGACGACGAUCACGAGAUGAAGCAGGAGGAUGAUGGCAAACCGUGGCGCCCGUGGUAA